UUAAAACACGAUAUCCGUUACCCUCCUCUUUUAGCCGCCAAAAGUAAACUACCUCCGCCCUGUUAUUGAUAAUGGACAUUUCUCUCUGUUUUAAACCUCAAAGCCCUUCUCUUAUACCCAAACAAACCAACAUCAACACAGACCCUAAAAGGGACUGGAAUGCAAUCAUGAAAAACCACGCCAGGCUAAAAAAUGACCAUGGCAUUCUUUCUACAUAUACCCAAAUGGAAUCUUUUGGCAUUGCACCAAAUAACACAACCCUGCCUCUCAUUUUCAAGGCCUGUUCGAGGCUCAAUGACGUUGAGAGAGGCAGAAGGGUGCAUUCUAGUAUUCAGGGUACUAACUUGAUCAAAGAUGUUCGAGUUGGGACAGCUGUUGUUGAUUUCUAUUGCAAAUGUGGGUUGCUUGAAGAAGCUAAGCAACUGUUUGGUAAAAUGACUCAGAGAGAUUUGGUUUUGUGGAAUGCAAUGAUAUCUGGGUUUGUGGGCUGUGGUUUUUAUGAGGAGGCAAUUGGAUUGUUCAGAAAGAUGAAAAGUGAGGGUUUUGAACUAAAUUCACGUACUUUGGUGGCAUUGAUUUUGGCGUGUGAGGGGUUAUUAGAAUUGAGGUUAGGGAAGGAGAUACAUGGGUAUUGGUUGAGGAAUGGAUAUUUUGAUUGUCACCCUCAUGUGGGUACUGCUUUGAUUGGGUUCUAUUUGAAUUUUGAUGUGAGAGUUUCGAGUCUUGUGUUUGAUUUGAUGGUUAUGAGAAGUGAAGUGAGUUGGAAUGCAAUGAUUACUGGGUUUCUUGAUUCAGGGGAUUCGGUGAAAGCUUUGGAGCUUUUUGUUCGGAUGCUAGAGGAUGGGGUUAAGACUGAUUUGGUUACCAUACUGGUCGUGGUUCAGGCGUGUGCAGAAUUUGGAUAUCUCAAACUGGGGAUGCAAAUUCAUCAAAUGGCUAUUAAAUUUAGCUAUAGUAAUGAUUUGUUCAUAGUAAAUGCAUUGCUGAACAUGUAUAGUAAGAUAUCAAGUUCAGAAUUAGCACGCAAGUUAUUUGAUAUCACUACAGUUCGUGAUGCUGCCCUGUGGAAUUCUAUGAUUUCUGCAUACAUUGAAUAUGGAUGCUAUGAAGAAGCUAGUGAUGUUUUUAAUAGAAUGCGAGAAGAAAUAAGCCCGGAUGAAAGAACUAUUGUUGUUAUGCUUUCUUUGUGUAGAGAGUUAGAUGGCUUGAAAAAGGGUAAAAGCUUACAUGCUUAUGCAUGCAAGAGUGGAAUGAGGAUGGAUGUUUCUAUUGGAAAUGCGUUUUUGAUCAUGUACACAGAUCUAAAUUGUGUUGAAUCUGCACGGAAGGUUUUCAGUGUGAUGAGUGAUGUAGAUGUCAUCUCAUACAACACUUUGAUCUUGGCACUGGCUAGUGCCCAUUUGAGGGUUGAGGCUUGGCAAUUAUUUCAAAUCAUGCAAGCAUCUCAAGUGGAACCAAACUCUCACACAAUGAUCUCUCUUCUUGCCGCUUGUGGAGAUGAAACAUGUCUGAAAACAGGACGGUCCAUCCAUGGUUUUUCAAUAAAGCAUGGUUUUGAAAUAAAUCUACCCUUGAACACUGCGCUUACUGAUAUGUACAUGAACUGUGGUGAUGAACCAAAAGCUAGAAGUCUUUUUGAGGCCUGUCUCGCUAGAGAUUUGAUAUUGUGGAAUGCUAUGAUUUCCAGUUACAUUAAAAUCAACCAAAGCAAUGAAGCUUUGUUAUUUUUCAAUCGUAUGAUUUCAGAGGUGGAACCUAACGUGAUCACAAUCUUAAAUGUUCUCUCAACAUGUACUGACCUCGCCAAUCUGCCUCAAGGCCGGUGCCUGCAUGGUUAUGCCAUACGGAGGUUUUCCCCUUCUGAUUCAAAUUUGUCUCUUGCAAAUGCUAUAAUAACAAUGUACACAAGAUGUGGUAGCAUGCGAACUGCUGAAAAGAUCUUUAAAAGCUUACCAAAGAGAAACAUCAUCUCUUGGAAUGCCGUGAUAACCGGCUAUGGUACACAUGGUCGUGGUUAUGAUGCCAUCAUUGCCUUCAAGCAGAUGUUAGAAGAAGGUUUCCAGCCAAAUGAGGUGACUUUCUUAUCUGUACUAUCUGCUUGUCGCCAUGCUGGCAUGAUAGAGCAGGGCUUGGAGCUCUUUCAUUCCAUGGUUCAGGAUUUCAAGAUGAUUCCUGCGCUUGAACAUUAUGGCUGUGUAGUUGAUCUACUUGGUCGUGGCGGAUGCUUAGAUGAAGCUAGAGAAUUUAUCAAUUCUAUGCCUAUUGAACCAGAUGCAUCAGUGUGGAGAGCACUGCUCAGUGCUUGUCGAUUUCAUUCUAACCCAAAACUAGCUUCUGCCAUUUUUGAAAACCUUGUCAAAUUAGAGCCAACAAAUGCAGGAAAUUAUGUUUUGCUAUCCAAUAUAUACGCUGAAGCAGGUCACUGGUCAGAGGUAAGACAAAUAAGAACAUUUCUCAAAGAGAAGGGUUUAAGAAAGCCACCAGGAACUAGUUGGAUCAUCGUAAGGGAUCAGAGUCACUCUUUUACCGCUGCAGAUACAUCACACCCUCAAUCUGCCAAAAUUUAUGCAAAUUUGAAUUCUUUGCUGACCUUGAUUAGAGAAUCUGGAUAUGUUACUGGUUUUUAUUUGGUAUUUCAUGAUGAAGAGGAUUAGAGUAAAAUCGGGGUAUGUGGUGCCAGAAUUAGAAGCUCAGUUUUGUGUUUGGAAUGAUCAGCUUGAAGAGAAAUUCUCUAUGGUGACACUUACAACUUGGGGCAUUCUAAUGAUUGUCAUGAAUUUAGUACAUUUUUCAAAUACAUGGGAGUAUCUCAGGAACGAUUCUGUUGUUACUAUCUGAUUAUUGCAUCUGCUCAUGCAAAAAAA